AUGGACCACGGCGCCACCGACAGGGCGGUAGACUCACUCAAGUGGGAGGGCGGCGGCGGCAAGGAAAUUGGGGUCGGCGAGCGCCUGUACGGCAUCGCGAGCGGAGGCGGUCAGCGUGUCGUCGCUUUCUUCUGCCUCUUCUCCCACGGUGGCAACCGACGCAGCUGCUAUAGCGACGAGGCCGCCCAGCGUUUCGCCUCCGUCACCAACGUCUGCGGCUGGUACGUCUCAGGCUGGACUGACUGGUGGUCUGGCAGCACUAAGGAGUACACCUACGGCUACCACGUGCUCGGCAACGACAACAAUUUCAGGGCAUAA